AUGAGCCACGCAUAUGAGGGAACCAUGUCUGGGGUUGACAUUGUAGGUGUGGUAGCCAGCAUCGUACAGAUCGCCGAAUUAGGGCGCUGUCUGUCCGUCAAGCUCUGCACUUUUUGCCAUAAAUUCAAGAUUGCCGACAAAGCACAACGGUAUCUAUCCAAAGAUGUCGCACUCACCUGCAAUGUCCUGUGUCAAUUGGGCGACAGCUUGGGGCAAGAUGAGUUGGCUUCCUUGUAUUCUCCGGAUGCCUUUGAAACAGCCCAGGUUGUUCUGAGAGAAUGCGAGCAGGUAUUCGGGGACCUCGAGGCUGCCAUCGAACAGCACUCUCCAGAUCCACUAUCUCAGUCUAGCAUUGACGAAGUGGCUCGCAAGUUCAAGUUUAUGAUGAACGAGACCUAUCUUGAUACUGUGGCGGGAAACCUGGACAGGUUAAGAUCAACCAUGCUUCUGAUGCUGAAUGUGGCUAUAUAUGCUGGCCAAAUCCGGAGUCAACGAGAGACACACGAGCUCCAAGAGCAGCGCCAUCAGCUCCUCGUUCUGACCAGUGAAAAGAUCGAGAGUGAGAAGGACUAUGAGAGGCUUACCAGAACCCUUGAAUUCACCAGCCUUGCUGAGAAAGGUGGAAACGUGAGGAGCCCUACCGGUGGUAAUCAGCCAGACCAGCCGGAUGAGACAACAGACGAGCUCUACCACGAUCACAAGACACCAACGCAACCGCCACAAAUGCUACAAGCACAAGCAAUGCAGAGACAAAUGCAAAGUCAACCACAGAGUCAAGAGCAGAGUAUCCCGGCGACGGAGAAAGUGUCCAUGGCACAGAUGCGGGUCUAUGAAGUGUUACGAAAUCCGCAGCAGCGACGGCAAAUGAUGAGGGACAUCUUUCAAAGCGAGCCAGAGAUGCAGGAGCCGCCAGUGUUACCCAGUCAGCAUUCAGUCAAUCUCAACAACAGCAACCAGCCAUUCAAUCAGCCUCCAGACCAGCCAAAUUCGUUGAACCAUGGCCAACCAGAUCCGCCACCACCAUAUUCACCUCUAAUGCAGGCUCAAUCCCGAGCAACCGAGGCUGGCAUGCCUUCAAAGACGGAUUCUUUUUCAGGGACUCCGCCGGUUGCAAUGGAUAAGUCCGCUGAAAGUGGUGCCAAGCAGGUUUCCCCUAACCCCGGCGUUCCUGAGAAGCCAAAGGCUUUCGAAUUGGACUUCAGCCUACUUGAUGAUCCGUCCUUUAUGGAGAAAUUUGACUUCGACCAAUUCUUGAGAGACGACGACGACGACGACGACGACACCUCAAGUUCCAAGAAUGACCUGAACCAAUUGAUGUCGGAUAUAUUCAGUAGGGAAGCGACUUCAUUGCAAGAUGAGGAAAACGAACAUCUAUCUAGUCAACACACGCCGCGUGACUCUAGCAAUCCAUCCCCGAAAGGAAAGAGCGAAAAACGGAAAGCCAAGACAGAAUAUGGGAUUACUCCUGCGAAUGAUAAUUCGGAGCCUUUGCCAAACUCCGAGUCUAUGUCAGAAGAGGGGCGAUCUAAGACGAUACCGCGGGACCCAAGCACUUGGUCGGAUGAAUUAUCGUGGUCUACGGUUGGUCCGCCUAUCGCAAAUGCUGGAGCUGAAACUGGAGCCCUUUCGUCAGCGGCCACAGAAGAUCAGUCUUUAACCUCGAAGGAUGCGGAAAAUGAAUGCCUGGAUGCUUGGAUUCUGCGAUGGACAAAAUUGGAACAGACGGAGCUGAAGUAG